AAGGGGAUUUCCCACAUUGAAAAAUACACCGAUACGUAAAUAGUAUAAGCACUCCAGUGUACAAGAAACUUCCGUAACUUUUUUUUAACCAGAAUUUAAGAUGACCAGAAGUUAUUGAAAUGGGUACAGACGGUUUAGUAUACAAAAGAGAGGCAUCCGAACAAGAUGAUACGGUAGAAGACCUUGUGAAUAUUACCAAGGGACUAACAUUGACAAAGAAGAAAACAGAUGACAAGCCUACAGAGGACAUCAUCCACCUCUUGGACAGUCUCAAACUCAGCACUGCUUGCAAAAAAAGAGGGACAAAAACUAAAAACCAAAAGAACAAUGCCGAAUUGCAGAAGAGGGGCCCUGGACUGAUCACCCCCAUAGAAAAUGGUUACUGGCCCCCUUCUACUUCCACCAAAAGAGAACCAGACUAUUUGUUUGGCAGAAAUAUCAAUCAACAAUCCUACUGGCCAGUGAUAUCAAAGGAAUAUAACUAUGCCCCGGGUUUGGACUCAGGCUGUCAGAUUUGGAAUGAAGCAGCCCAGAAUUGUAGUCUCAUGGUUCAUCAAAAUAAAACGGCCCAAAAGAUGAAGGAGUUGUCAAAUAAAUAUCACACUAAUUCAAGCAUAUGUCAGAGAGAUGUCAAAGAUUUGGAUGUUACAGAUGGACUUAACAGUAAUGCCAGUGAUUUGGAGUGUGAUGGUUAUGCCCCAACAAUGGCAUUGGAUGAAUGCAAACUAAAUGGUAUUCCACUUGGAUGUCCAACAUUGGACUUAAUUGACAAUGUCAUUCGCAACCAAGACCAGUCUUCUCCUUAUAUUGCAAGCCCCUCCCCUUCUUACAGACGAACCUCUCCAUUCUAUGCAAGCAGCCCUUCUUCAGGAUAUUCAGGGUCCCCGUCCCCACCCUAUUCAAAUGAGCCCUCUCCAUCUUAUGCCCCUUCCCCAGCAUACCCUGCUUUAUCUCCCCCUGCCGUGUCUCAGACCAGCAGAUCUCCAGUACACCCAGAGUCAGUGAAUUUGCCCUUCAGAGACUUGGAGGAUAUCAGCAGAGAAGAUCUAGUGGGCACAACAAAGAAAAUGGAGAAUUUUUUACCCAAGACCACAAAACGUCCGAGUAGUACAGAUGAUGAGUCUAAACCCUCUCCUCCAAAACGUACAAAUGUUGAUGCCAUGUAUGAUAAAGACCUAGAUGAAGACAACAUUCUUCACUCCCUGAUUAUUGCUGGGGCUCAGAUAGAUUUGAUUGAAUAUGUUCUUCAAUUGCUUCAAGAGGAUGGAGAAGACGUCCUGAAAAAGAUCAUCAAUGACCAGAACCACAUGCAAAGGACUCCUUUGUUCCUGGCUGUGCUUGAGGGAAGGGUAAAUGUAGUGGAAAUGUUGUUGAAGCAUGGAGCAGAUCCCAACAUUCAAGGAAAAGUCAUCGUGAAAAUGGAUCAAUACGAGCUGCGAGCUCCUUUACACAUCGCAGCAGAAAUGGGAGACGAGUACUUAGAAGUUGUAAAUGCACUAGUGCUUUGUGAGGAAACUGACUUGGAUAUCCGUAGUCUCAGUGACAGGGUUACACCACUUAAUUUAGCCCUACAAACCCACAGAUGUAGGAAAAGUCCAGCCUAUCCGAAUAGUUGUAAGAAAUGCAUACAGUUAUUGGUGGAUUCGGGGGUUGACACAGAUGAAAUGGAUGAAAAGAGCAGCAAAACACCUCUGAUGUUAGUGAUUGACACUAUGGAUUUAGAUCUAAUCAAGUUUUUUCUUUGUGCGGACACUUCAACUCAGCAUGCAGAUGUCAUGUCCAAACUACAGGCUGUUACAAGAGGUGGGGACACUCCCUUGCACAUUGCAGCAGGUGUAAAAAUGAAGAGCAGCAGAGAAAAGCAAAAGUUACUUCGAAUCUUGAUCCGACAUGGUGCCGACGCCAAUGCAAAGAAUAAUGUCAAUGAGGUUCCGAAAGACAUUGCAACCAAUGAAGUGGUAGUUAUCUAUAUAUUACUAAAUAAUAUUUAUAAACCCAAUUUUUUGUCUUUUAACGCUGAUUAAUCAGGAGAGAGCUGAAAUGUUUUACUUUUGAUAUAAAUAAACAUUGUACCUUAUUGUAGUUUUCAAAUUUGAACUCAUUUUUUAUCUACUACCUUUAAUUAAUUAAUGAAUUGGCAAAAAUGACAAAGCAAUUCAGAAUUUUUCACGAAGAAAACUUGAUUUUUAAAAUCAGCGUGUGGGCACACAUUAGGAAUACAUGAGUGGAUCUCAAAAGGACCGUCACAAUGCAACAUACAUAGGCAUAUGUGCUUUUGAUCAUACGCGUUUAUAAUUAAUCUCACCUUAUGAGGUCUAUGAUCUAUGUAUGCUCUCCACUUUGUAUCUUUAUGGUAAUUCUCAUCUUACAUUGUCGCAUCAUAGUUCAACACAUUCAUGAAAAUAUAGAACUUCGAACUGCCAUGCUUUAAUAUCAUGCAUGCAUGUCUCUGCAUCGUGAAUCUUUUCUGUAACAUGCAAUAUAUCUAUGGUAUCAUGUAUUUAUAAUGAUCAAUUCUUAAAAUUUUACAUGCCCCCCUGAGGGCCCUUGAAUACCCCUGAAUAUUUAAUUUCAAAUUCCAAAUAGCCCUGUUUAACCAAUAAAUAAAAUAUAGGGGGAAAUAUGCGGGUAGACUUCCACUUUCAAACGAAAAACAAUCACAACAAACCCCUUGUGAUUAAUAAUAACAAAUUUACAGAACUCCAAUGUUCCGAGUUUUACUUAAGAAAUUAACUGUAAUCAUCUUAUAUUCAGUUAAUAUACAAUAACUUUGGAAUUUAUAGUCUUCACUUGUGUUAAUUAUUAAUGAUAUUGACUGGUUCAAAAAUGAUGUAGAAUGGCAUUAAAUCCUAUUCUUUUUGCAGUAUAUAGUAGCAUGUAUCACUGUGUAUACAAAGUAAUUUUUACACCAUGUUGAUUUUGUAUUAUCAUGUGGAUUCAGAUUACGAAAUACCAUUUGGCCCAACUGCUCCAUCAUGAAUUUGCCAUGUUCAAUUUUUGUGCAAUUUAAGAUUAUAAGUAUGACAUCAUUUCUUGUUAUCCCCAUUUGUCUAGAAAACAACAGUGAAAAAGAUUAAAAUAAAAAUUGGACAAAAAUUUACCACCAUAAAUUGAUAGCUUUUUAUAAAGUACCAAAAAAAAAUCAUUGAUUUAUUUUAUUUUUCAGUGGAAGGACAUUUUUAAGGAGACCUUUAAGUAAAGAAUUCGGACUGAAAAGGACCAGAAAUACAGCUGCGUUGUGAUCUACAAAUAGCAAAUGACUUUAAAAUGCUCCUGACAUACCCAUACAAUCUCAUCAUAAAGGAGACUCAUCCUCAUUUGACUAUCAGAAGAAAGUAUUAUAGUAUUCACACCACCGUUAAAAUGUACUUUAAUCGUCUUUUUUUUUCAGACGUGCCAUUUUUUUUUCAUAUUUGUAUUAUCCUUUUUUGCAAGUGAUUCGUUAUGCCAAUGAAUAGAUAUUUUAAAGCAGAAGUUAAUCAUUUUUCUUUAUAUUAAUUAUUGUACAGCUUGAGCUUUAUGACAAAUAUUCAUUUGUAGAGUAUGUAUUUUAAACUGUACUGUUUAAAGCUUUACCACAGUUAUUUUCUUGUCUCCAUCAACAGGUGUAAAUAUUUUUCAUCAAAUUCUAAAACAUUAAUUCAUUGAUGCAAAGAGAAAUCAUAUCAAAGAUGACAUCAUACCUUGUUCAACAGUGAACUGGGAAUACAAAGAACUUACCAAUAUUUACUGUAUUCUCUGUUCAGGAAUGUAACUGGGAAUACAAAGAACUUACAAAUAUUUACUGUAUUCUCUGUUCAGGAUUGUAAAUUUUCUUGUUUUUUAAUUGUACACCAAAUUUACUAAUUGAAACUAGGUUGUGAUUUUAUUUUUCUUAACGUAUUAGUAUUGAAAGUGUUCCAAAGACCUGAAUUACAUUAUCAAAGUAACUUGAGAGAAAAUUGUCUGUCAACCACUUUGUAUUGCAUGUUAUUUUGGACCUUACAUAUUUUGUUUCGAAAGUAAGGGAUUUGUUGAUAAAGGAUGCCAUGAUGCAUUUUGUGAAUCACUUACCAUAGAAUGUGUUUCAAUGUGCUAUUCAAUGUGUAUUGCACAACUUUUCAAAAAAAUGAAAUAUUCAGGGCAUUCUUACGAGUAGUUCAGACAUGCUUCAAGGGUAUUGCUAACACAGUGAAAUGUAAUGGCAGGCGGCUUUGUGGUGGAGAGUUGCUGGCCAUAUCUCCUGAACACUGCUUCCCCAGAUUUCAUAACAUACCCUGAACCGUUUAAUACAAAUCAAAUGGGAUUAAUAGCAAGUGCCUGACCUUAGAUUCAGAUCAUAGAUAUAUGAAAUUGAAGCUUAACAUUGGAUAAUAGGGGUACAUGUAUUUGUUGAUAUUUGUGGUAGUCACAUGUUGACAUUGUGAAUAUCUUCCUGAAAUGAAGAUUAAUGGUCAAUUAUAGAGCUUGUCUUAAUUCUAACCAAAUAAUUCGGAUGUGUUUUACAUGUUUGUUAUGAGAGGAGGAAAGCCUAAUACCUAUACAUGUAUCUAACAGGCAAUUGUAUCGCUUGAAUUUACACUUUAAUAGUAAAUAAAUUCAAACCCAAGCAAUAUAAUUGCCUGUUAUGCAUCUGGUAUAGAUUUUGCUGUUUUAUUAUCUAUAUGUAAAUAGUAAUUUGUUAGUGUCAUUUUCACAAUCUUUUCCUAUGCAAAAAUUCAAUGUUUUAGUGACCUUUUCAUCAGAAAUUUAAUAUUGCCAUUGGAACAGUACAGUGCAAUAUUUUUUGCAGUAGUAUAUUCAUACCCACAGGGUUUUGACACAACCUGAGCAAACUGGUAUAUAUAGUAUAUAUUAUAUAUACCAGUUUAUAUAUAGUAUAUAUUAUAUAUAUACCAAUUUGCUCAGAUUGUGUCAAAACCCUGUGUUCAUACCUACAUUUAAUUUAUAAUUGCAAACCAGUUUUUAAUUGUCUUACAGGUACUUCAUUACUGUAUGCCUAGAAUAUUGAUAUAUAUAUAUAUAUAAAUUAAAUGAUAUUUUAUAAA